AUGACCACCGCUAACCACCGUAACACCCAGCCGUCCCUUACACCGGACGACAUAAUCCGCUUAGCUCAAUACCACACCACUGCUCCCCUCCACCCUUUCCUCCUCUCUCCAACUUCUCACGACACCCUUGUCUCCCACCUCCACACACUCCCUCCCUCCGCCGUCUCCGAAUACACCUCAUCUCUCCUCUCUCUCCUCUCGCCAUCUCCUUCUGUAUCUACAUCUACAUCUACAUCUACCCUACUCACAUCUCUCCUUAAUUCAUACAUCAAUCUCUUCAAUUCCAACAAAAUACCCCACGAUCGCCAUUCUCUUAAAACCUUACAACUCUUCACUGCUCAUCUCGAUAACAUCCCCAUCACCCAACUACAAUCAAUAUCAGAUUCAAUCGUUUCUCGCCUUUCGCAAAUCAACACCGAUCCAGAUGAAUCCCAGCUUCUUGACUUGCUUCCCAAGUGUUUCAACAUCAUAUUCAACUCUACUGAGAUUGAUAAACCUCGGGAUUCAGUGAAUGCGCUGUUUGAUCGUAUCCUAGAUUGUAAUUGGUCAAGGGUUUUGUUGGUGAAACUGGUUUCCAUAAGUCGCGACUUCCAAUUUGUUGACAAGGGACGUGGGAGACAGUUUGCAGAGAAGGUGUUUGAUAACAUGCAUUGUGUAGAACUGCAGGAUCUGCCUUCAUUAGUUUAUCAGCUAUUGGUUUUGGCUUCAAAAGGGUUUAACAAGAGGGAAAUAAUAAAAGGCAUUGUUUUCUUCUUUGGAACUAAAAUGCAUAUGAAGAAGACGAGCUAUAAUAUCGUUAGGGAAGUUGAAGGGACUGCAUUGUUGUAUGUCAAUUUCGCCGUAAAGCAAGACCCUUCGUUGGGACAGGAAGUUAUGGGGCUUGUGAGGUCAGAUCUUCAAGUGAUAGAUCAUUUUGUUGUCGGGCUAUUGCUGUCAAUAGCAAGAAUUAGGAGGUACCGAGAGAGCUCAAUGGGAACACUCAAAACAGCUCUGAGCACUGCUUACAAGGAUUACAAGUUUUCCAGGCAUUGCAAAUGGUUACCUGAUGGCUUAAAGGAGGAGUAUCUACAGAAUGCCAUAUUGACAGAGAAAGCAGUGCUAAGAGCUGUUAAUGAGAGCAAUUAUGGAAGAGAGCAUAUUGUUCCUAGCAUAGUGCAGCUGGGCUUUGUGUUGCUAGAAUCAGUGGAGGAGAUAAACCUAAAAGAACUUGAAAACACUGGUCUUGUGGGUUCUCAAGAGCUGGGGAUUCAGAUGCUACAAAGUUUAUUUGAAGUUCAUGAUAUGGCAAGGAAUGAGAUAAUCGAGCAAUGUAAAUUCCGAAUCCUUUCUCUUAAGCCUGAGCAAAGUUUAGUUAUCAUAAGAUUACUUGGUAGCCUAGUGCAGAACUAUUCCUAUCCGAUGUUAGAAUAUGUUUCACAUCUGAAGGAAUUGUUAGAUUAUUUUGGUUUCAUGCACAACAAGGUUGCUUCCCACCUAAUUAAUGUUCUAUUACCACUCAUCAAGUUCAGUCAUAACCUUCAGGAUUACAUCAUCUUGGUGGUGCGCAAAGCUAUGUUUAGACGAGAUGAUCACAUUCGCCUAGCUGCAGCAGGAGCCAUUAUCAAUGUAAUUUUAGCAGAAAAACGAUCGAAACAAAAUAGGCCAUGUCCUUAUCAGGAAUCCUCCAGCCAAGCUAGUAGUAGUCAAGUACCUGCAAUACCACAUGGAAUGGGCAGUGAUCUUUUCAAAGAACUCAGUGGUCUAUUACAACGAUGUCUCUACCAGCAGGCCAAAGUGAAAGAGAGAAUUUACUGGGGGCUUCUAAAGCUGGUGCUGGUUGAUCCAUUAACUGCAGGGGAAGUUUUUGAUUUUCUCUUGCCUCACUUUCUACAGUACUACAAAGAAGAUGGUCAACUUGGUAUAAUCCAGAGUAUUAAGAUGGAGAAUGGCAAAGUUUGUAUAGUAGAACCACUAGAUGAUCUUCUAUCUUGUGUCUCAUGGAUUCUUAUCCUUCAGCCACAGGGAAAAUCUGACAUUCGCUCAGAUUCAUGGGAUUCUUUUGGUUUCUCACUUACACAAGACACUGAGCAGGCAGGAGGAACAUUUUCUGGUGAGUUGUUUUCCAGUGCUUUAUUGACAAUUCGCAAGCUUCUAAGAAAUGAAAAUUUGGAAGGCUUACUUGGUCAGAUGAAGGAUCCGGCCUCUACACCCCAACAAGGAGAGAGAUACAAAUACAGUGCUCAGAUUCUAUCAGGUGUUAUUGAGGUGAUAUUGAAUACCCUUGCUAUUGAAUUGGAGAAGGCAACUAAUGAUAAAAAGAUUGAUUUGGAGAAAGAAUUCGUUGAUCUUGUUGAUCUGUACGGGUCCUUAGAGAAGUAUACUUCUACGUCCGCACAAAGUACACAAAGUAAUGGUACUAGAAAAGGGAUAGCUCGGUCUUCUGCUCUCUGUCUAACAUAUAAAAAUGAGUCGGACAACAUGAAGUCUUUUAAAGAAAGAGCUUCUUUUUUGGCAACUCCUAGCAUUCAUCAGUUGUUUCAAACAUCGUUUGAACUGUACAAGAAUGAUGCUGUGAAGAGUGUCACAACUUCCCAGGUGCAUAGUCAGGCAACUAGCAAUUCACCAAACCAACAUUCUAGACUCUUCUAUUUCAUUUUAAAUGUCACCCUUUGCCAGACAAAAUCUUUUUCUUAUGUGGCAAAAGACGAUCCACUGAAGGCUUUGAUCCAUGGGGAUAUUAAGGUGCUAGGACCACCCUUGUUGAAAUUGAUCUGGUUGCUCAUGUGGCCAGAUCAAAAGAAAAAGGACGCCAAUGGGAAAAAGGACAAUGAAGAUAGAAAGGGUCUUAUUUUCUUAGCUCUUAUGUGCUUGAAGGAACUGCUAAAGGUCAGUUCACAAAAUCUAGACGAGAUGCGAGAAAUUGAAGACAUGCUGGCGCAUGCCGUAGGUGAGGAUGCAUCAAGAGAUGUUCUUGAAGCUGAAGAUGAUGACAAUGAACAAGUGAAUGGGAUCAACAAUCAAAGGGAAGAACUCUUCAUCACAAAAAUUGUGAAACCAUUGUUCUCUGAGCUUCUUCAUGCAAAGUUUUAUCAUGAAGUUGAGAUCUUGUGUGAUAUCACCAAUAUGAUUGGGAGCAUGUCUAGUGUAAGGAGUAACCUUCUCGGUGCCUGGGCAAUAUAUAUUUGUAAAACUAGUGAUGUAGCAAACCCAAAGAUUGCAAAAAGUGUAGUCACUUUAGCACUAUCAUGUACUCGGGCUCCAAAUGAUAUGAUUCUUGCUUGUGACAUGGCACUGGAGCUAGUAAAAACAAUGGGAUCAGAAAGGCAGACUCUGUUGGAGAAGUCCAAAAUUUAUGCUAUAAUAAACCGUUCAACAGAAACUGCUAUAGCAUCUGUGCUUUUGCAGUUAGCUGAAUCAGUAAUUAUUGACAUGGACCGACUCAGUAUGAAGCUGAAGGCAUACUUGACUGGCGCUUAUAAAGUGAUAUCACUUGAUCAUGAUGGGAAACAGAACCCAUAUUUCACAUUGGAAGAUACUCUGUACCAGAGGGCUGAAGCUGUGGUGGAAUUACUUUCUUCUUUUGUGGUGAUGAACCUCAAGGAUCCUCAAGCCGAGCAUCUACUGAGAUCUGCUGCUAAAUUCUACAAGAACUUAGCUAGGCUCUCAAAAUUCCAUAUUGCACCUAAAGGUUGCAAGCAAAUCUUACCCAGCCUCAAGUGCCAGAGGCUUGUGGAAGUGACUUGCAAGCAGCUAACAGAACCUUUGUACAAGUUUGUGGAAAUGAUGCAACAGAAACAACAAGACAGCAGAGCAAGUAAAGGAAGCAUAAACAAGAUCAAAAGGGAGAAUAGAUGCAUCCCGGAUUUGAUAUUUCAGAUAGAAGACUACGAGAAGUAUCUCAUUCUACUUAGCAAAGCUAGCAAAAUGAACUUGUUAAGGCAUGCAAAGCGUAGCACUGCCAGAGAUUUUAGAAUACUUGACCCACAAGAGCAAGAAGAUGGGGCUAACCAGGAAGCUCAACCAGAUGAGGGUGCAGCUCAAGAUGAUUUGGUCCAAGACUCUGGAGAUGCAUCAGAAAAGGCAUUAUCACCUGAAACAGGAAGCACACUGGCUGCAGCAGAGGAUUCUGAUGAGAAUAUGAUUCCCAGUGCGAAGAGAAAAAAACUGGGUAGAAUUGUUCAUGACUCGGAUGAUGAAGCAUAAAGAGUCGUGUGAUGAAGAUUAUUUGUAUAGUAAACUAUUUUAAGUUUCUUAAUCCGAGCUGUGACAGGACAGUCGAUAACAUAAAGUACACCUGGCAACUAACCAUGUAUUAUGAUUGGCGGCUGCAGCCUUUUGUUAGGGUUAAGCAAGGUAACCUCAGCUGACUUAGAAAAAUAGAGUUCUAGUAUUAUUGACUCUUACUUCUUUUUCCUUUGGCAACUACUGAGAGGAUGUGUAUCCUAUCAGCAACACCAUCAACUUCAACUCGUUUGUCUGAUUACCAACUAAGCUCCAAUUGGCAUUGCUUCAAUAAGACUAUUCAAGAUUCACUUGGGCAACUAAUUGUGUCUAAUAAUCUAAACAUUGGCUUCAACUUAGAAAGGAAGACCCCCACAACCCUCUCAAAAACAACUAGUUUGCAUAGUCCAUAGAAAAAUAAUUCACAACGUUUUCAAGUGCAAAAAUAGCAGUUGUAGCAGAUCUUGGAUGGAUUGUUGGUGUGGAACUUUGCAUUUGUUUCGUAUUCGAUAUCAUACUUAACCUUUUUGUCUUUUUUGUUCCAACCACAA